CAAACAAAAAAUCAUUGUGGGUUUUCGAUUUUUGUUUUCAAAAUCAAUUCAUGAGUUUGAAACAACCACGCCAGGCUUUUCGAAAAGCUUAUUUUUCAACGGAUAUUUUUGUUUCCAUGCCAUAAAUUCAUCAUUUCUGGUUUGAUUUUGGGAGCAGAAUUCAUCGAUCGUCGUCUAAAUCUUGUAACUCGUGCUUUUACACAGUAGAAAGACGGAAGACCCAUCGAUUUUGGCGUAAAACCCACUUCCACUAUCUUGGAUUUUGGUUUUCAAAUUCGUUUUUUCAAUCGUCAAAUCCAGUAAAUUAAAGGGGAAGCUUGAGUUGUUCGGAUUGGGUUUUUGUAGCAGGGUUCGGAAGAAUUCAAUAUUGGAAUUCGAGAAAUUAGGGGUGUUGAUUCUUUUUAUCUUUUGAUAAUCGAUCUCGAUUGGGCUAAUUAGGGUUUAAAGAGUUUUUCAACAAUGUCGUUAUCAUCGGCGUUGUUCUAAUUUUGAAGCAAAAUUAUUCUAGUUUAUUCCUUAAUCUAGGGGUUUUUUGAAUUCAAUUGGAGCGUGGUCUUGUAAUUUUGGGGAAAAAUGUUAGUUUCGCCACUUUCGGUAACUCGGAGUUCUUUGGAGGAAAUGCUCGACUCUCUUCGCCGGAGAGAUGAGGCCGAGAAUCAAAAGGACUUGCCGCCGGCGUUGCCGUCACGGCCAACCUCCAAGGCACGCCUCCCUAAGCGGCUGCUGCCGGCGAAGUUUGAUAUGGAAUAUGUUGCACCGCCGGAUACUACUACCAGCAAAAAGCAAGAUGUUAAAUGUAUUAGUGAAGGUGGUUCUAAUUUUGGCCGGAAAAAAGUGAAAGAAGCGGCGGCUGGUGGUGAAUCACCGUACACCAUGACGCCGGUAAUUGAACAGAGAUUGGCGGAGAACGGUGGUGCCAGCCUUGCCACUCCGUCUACGUCACCGGAGGCUGAAUGGGACGAUAGUAUUGGAUAUUUCGUUAAGAAGAAACUUCGAGUAUGGUGUAGGCCUCGGAAUGAUCAAUGGGAGUUGGCAAAGAUCAAAUCAACCGUAGGUGAAGCCGCCACCGUCAUGCUUUUGGAUGGAAGUGCUGUGAAGGUAUCUACCGGAGAUCUCUUACCUGCAAAUACAGAAAUCCUCGAUGGAGUAGAUGAUCUCAUUGAGCUUGGUUAUUUGAACGAACCAUCAGUUCUUCAUAAUCUCCAAUAUAGAUACGCUCGUGAUGUAAUUUAUAGUAAGGCAGGGCCCGUCCUAUUAGCAAUCAAUCCUUUCAAAGAUGUCCAAAUUUUUGGAAGCGAUUUUAUCACAGCUUAUAGGGAGAAGAUUUUGGACAACCCGCAUGUAUAUGCUUUGGCUGAUACUGCAUAUAGUGACAUGAUGAAACAUGGUGGAAAUCAGUCUAUUAUUAUCAGUGGCGAAAGUGGAUCUGGAAAGACCGAAACAGCAAAAAUUGCAAUGCAGUAUCUGGCAUCCGUUGGGGGCGAAAAUUGUGAGAUGGCAUGUAAAGUAAUUCAGAGCAGCUGUAUACUGGAAGCUUUUGGGAAUGCAAAAACGUCCAGGAAUUGCAAUUCCAGUCGAUUUGGGAAAUUAAUUGAUAUUCGUUAUAGUGCAGAAGGGACAAUAUGUGGUGCUUGUAUCCAAACAAUUCUUCUUGAGAAGGCAAGAGUGUCUCAAAUAUGUCGUGGAGAACGUUCGUAUCAUAUCUUCUAUCAGAUUUGUGCUGGGGCUCCAUCUGCUCUAAAAGAUAGACUGAAUUUAAAAAUGGCAAGCGAGUACAAGCUUCUCAAUCAAAGUGGGUGCUUGAAAAUCAAUGGUGCUGAUGAUUCCCAUAACUUUAAGAUGCUAAUGGAAGCCUUUGAUAUCCUUGGAAUUCCUCGUGAGGAUCAAGAGAAUGUCUUCGAAUUGCUUGCUGCAAUCUUAUGGCUAGGGAAUAUUUCGUUUGAAGUAAUUGACGAAGAAGAACAUGUCAAGAUUGUGGCUGAUGAAGCUAGUAGAAGUUCUGCUAGAUUGUUGGGCUGCAAGGUGGACGAUCUCAUGGUGGCUUUAUCUUCCAACAGCAACCAGCCUGGAAUGGAUGAUAUUACCGAAGCAUUGACAUUGCAGCAGGCAAUUGAUAAAAGAGAUGCAUUGGCACAAUUUGUUUAUGAGAGCUUGUUCAGUUGGCUUGUGGGAGAAAUUAAUAGAUCACUUGAGGGAGGCAAGCAACAUACUGAACGGACCAUAAGCAUUAUAGACAUGUAUGGAUUUGAGUCACUUCAGAAAAAUAGCUUCCAACAGUUCUUUAUAAACUAUGCUGAUGAAAGGCUGCAACAACACUUCAUUCGGCAUUUAUGUAAGCUUGAACAAGAGGAGUACGAAUUGGAUGGAAUCCACUGGAAAAAAGUAGAUUUCGAAGAUAACCAAGAGUGUUUGGAUCUUUUUGAGAAGAAACCUAUGGGGAUAAUAUCGAUACUCGAUGAGGGUUCGAAAUCCUCCACAGCCACAGAUGUGACCUUUACCAAUAAGAUUAAACGGCACCUGAGUUCUAAUUUACGCUUUAGCUGUGAAAGAGGAGUUUUUAGGGUUCGCCAUUACGCCGGAGAGGUUCAAUAUGAUGCUACGGGAUUCUUGGAACGGAGCAGUGAUACACUACAUUUCAAUACCAUCCAACUCCUCUCGUCAAGCCGUAAGAAACUCCUAAACAUUUUUGCCUCUGGUGUGAUGAAUCCGUCCCAAACAACUGGGCUGGCUGCGUCUGAUUCACACGAGCAAAGUGUUGGGGCAAAGUUCAAGGAUCAAUUGUUCAAAUUGAUUCACAAGUUGGAAAAUUCGAAGCCGCACUUCAUUCGAUGCAUAAGACCAAAUACCAAGCAACUUCCGGGAAUGUAUGAAAAGGAUAUUGUCUUGGAACAACUUAGGUGCAGCGGAGUUAUGGAGAUAGUUCAAAUAUCAAAAUCCCGAUUCCCAAUACGCUUAACCCAUCAAGAAUUUGCUACUCGGUUUGGAUGUCUUUUGUCAGAGAAUAUUAUUUGUAUGGAUCCACUGAGUACGUCGGUUGCUAUUCUGCAGCAGUGUCGUGUUUCCCCACAAACAUAUCAAGUUGGAUAUACGAAACUAUUUUUCCGAGUAGGACAGGUUGAAGUAUUGGAGAAUUUGAGACAACGGGUUCUCGAAGGCACGUGUGAAGUGGAAAACAUUGUCCUUGGUGGCCGAGUUCUUCUCGACUUCCAUGAACUGAAGUUUGCAAUUGUGACAUUUCAGUCAUUUGUUCGUGGUGAAAAUGCGAGAAGGGAGUAUGAGGUUCUAAAGAAACUGAAUCACCAGCUUGCACCAAGUUCACUUGAUGAGCAUUUGACGGCAGUUGUACAUCUACAAUCAGUGGUUCGGGGGUGGUUGGCCCGAAGGUAUUUCAACCACUUGCAGAGAUGGAAGAAAUCAGCUCUCGAUAGUUCAAGAAGCAGGCGAAAGUCUCGCUGUAGAAAUUCUGAAUCGAAGGAUCUGUCGGAAGAGAAUAUACAAUUUUUGCCGCAGAAUGUUGAAGAGCUGCAAAGGCGAGUAGUGAAAGCCGAAUCGUCCCUGAGCGAAAGAGAGCAGGAAAACACGGCAUUACGGGAGCAAAUACGACAAUUUGAAAUACGGUGGUUAGAAUACGAAACGAAGAUGAAGGCGGUAGAGGAGACGUGGCAAAGUCAGAUGGCAUCUUUACAAAUGAGUCUUGCGGAAGCCAAGAAGACUCUCGGUGCCGACAUUUCCUAUGAGCAACUUGGAAGACGCGACCGAUCACCGUCGCCCCAUUGUUAUGAUUCCGAGGAUAAUGUAUCGGGAACUCAAACUCCCGUGCAAAUCGCUCCCCUUAGAAUCGGGAACAAUCGACGUGAAAUCAACGGUGUUGUUUCCGACACACUCGAUAACCUAAACAAGGAGUUUGAGCAGAAAAAACAGAUUUUCGAUGAAGAUGCCAAGGCAGUUACGGACGUGAAACCCGGACGCCCGCCUUCUACGAAACAAAUCGAGGAGUACCGAACCCUGAAGCGGAAAUUCGAGACGUGGAAAAAAGAGUACAAGCAUCGGCUACGAGAAGCCAAAUCAAGACUCGUGAAGGGUAUAAAUGCCGAAUAUGGUGGCGAUUUCGACGGUAGGAGUAACAGUGGCGUCGGCGGUAGCAUCGGCACCGGCGGUGAUAGGCGGGCGAGAAACUGGUGGGGGAAGUUAAGCAAGAGGGGUAAAGAGCGGCCACCAGUGUGAAGUUACAUACUUUCCGUUAAGCACAUGUCGAAAAUAUUAUCUUCAAGAGCUGCUAAAAGCGUCGGCAUGCUUGGAACCUUGUUGCCGGUGAGCGUUUCUGGAUCGAGAGAGGUGGACCCGGUGAUUUGUGGAUCGUUUUUUGUGGCACCGGUCGAGGGAUUGGCUCCUACCCACACGGCUAGAACCGUGGUUGCGUUAGGCUCGUGGUGUGGCUGAUCGAACCGGUUGGUCGGGGUCGGUUUGUGUAUAAAACUAGAUGGUUCGACUUCUUUGUUGUUUUCUUGUUGUGCUAUAUGGAACAGAGUUGUUGUGUCUCAUGUAAUUGGGAUUUUUAGGACUCUUAUUAUUUAAUAUCA